CCCGAAGCGAUGAAGCCGAGAGUCGAGGCCCGGAGUUCGGCGUGACUCGAAAGGCGGACCGGAGCCCUGCGAAACGAGUGGGCUGCGGUUGUGUCAGGCUGAGCCUUGAGCCGGUCCCCUUGGCUGGGUGUGCGCGAGGACCCCUGGGUCCUUGGUUCCGGAGCGGGAUCGGACGGAGCGAGAAAGUGGUCAAGAUGAAUCUGGAACUGCUUGAAUCAUUUGGACAGAACUAUCCAGAGGAAGCUGAUGGCACACUGGACUGCAUUAGUAUGGCCCUUACUUGUACUUUUAACAGGUGGGGCACACUUCUAGCAGUAGGUUGUAAUGAUGGUCGGAUUGUCAUUUGGGACUUCUUGACAAGAGGCAUAGCUAAAAUUAUAAGUGCUCAUAUCCACCCAGUCUGUUCUUUAUGUUGGAGCCGAGAUGGCCACAAAUUGGUGAGUGCGUCAACUGAUAAUAUGGUAUCUCAGUGGGAUGUUCUGACUGGUGAUUGUGAUCAGAGGUUUCGUUUCCCUUCUCCUAUCCUGAAAGUCCAGUACCAUCCCCGCGAUCAAAACAGGGUGUUGGUAUGUCCAAUGAAGUCUGCUCCUGUCAUGCUAACAUUGUCUGAUUCAAAACAUGUUGUCCUACCAGUGGAUGAUGAUUCUGAUCUGAAUGUGGUGGCUUCUUUUGACCGGCGAGGGGAAUAUAUCUACACGGGGAAUGCUAAAGGGAAGAUCUUGGUCUUAAAGACAGACACUCAGGACCUUGUUGCUUCCUUCAGAGUAACUACAGGAACCAGCAAUACUACAGCCAUUAAAUCUAUAGAGUUUGCUCGAAAAGGAAGUUGCUUUCUAAUAAAUACUGCUGAUCGCAUAAUCAGAGUCUAUGACGGUCGGGAAAUCUUGACUUGUGGUAGAGAUGGAGAACCAGAGCCAAUGCAAAAGCUGCAGGACUUGGUGAACAGGACGCCUUGGAAGAAAUGCUGUUUCUCUGGCGAUGGGGAGUACAUUGUUGCAGGGUCAGCACGUCAGCAUGCUUUGUACAUCUGGGAGAAGAGCAUUGGGAACUUAGUGAAAAUCCUCCAUGGCACAAGGGGAGAGCUGUUGCUAGAUGUGGCAUGGCAUCCUGUCCGACCUAUCAUCGCUUCUAUUUCCAGUGGUGUAGUAUCUAUAUGGGCUCAAAAUCAAGUGGAAAACUGGAGUGCCUUUGCACCUGAUUUUAAGGAACUGGAUGAAAAUGUAGAAUAUGAAGAGCGAGAGUCUGAAUUUGACAUAGAAGAUGAAGAUAAGAGCGAGCCGGAGCAGACAGGUGCUGAUGCUGCAGAGGAUGAGGAAGUGGACGUCACCAGCGUAGAUCCCAUUGCUGCUUUUUGUAGCAGCGAUGAAGAAUUGGAAGACUCCAAAGCUUUGUUAUACUUGCCUAUUGCUCCUGAAGUGGAAGACCCGGAGGAAAACCCCUAUGGCCCUCCACCAGAUGCAGUGCAGACUGCCUUACCUGAUGAGGGAAUAGGCUCUGAGAAGAAGAGGCAGUCUUUGUCUGAUGGACCUCAGCCACCAAAGAAGAAACCUAAAACAACCAACAUAGAACUGCAGGGAGUACCCAAUGAUGAAGUCCAUCCGCUUCUGGGUGUGAAAGGAGAUGGUAAAUCCAAGAAGAAGCAAGCAGGCAGGCCUAAAGGAUCAAAAGGUAAAGAGAAAGAUUCUCCAUUUAAACCGAAACUCUACAAAGGGGACAGAGGUUCUUUACCUCUGGAAGGAGCAGCGAAGGGUAAAGUGCAGGCGGAGCUGGGACAGCCUUUGCCAGCAGGUGGUGGUAUUUCAGAGCUGUUAUGAAGACUUCCCAACCUUCCUCACCUUUCCUUGUUCAGUCAGAUAGUGGACUGACUUUAAGCUACUAUGGUAAGGACAAGUGACUUGGCUCCCUAUGGAUACAGGGGACAUU